AUGACCAUAAAUUCUUCUACCUCGCAACAACCUCAAGUAGAAAGAAGUUAUAUGUCAAGAGAUACAUCAACAAUGUCGAUAAAGAAGAACAAGACGAGCACAAAGACAUUAAUGAAGCAUAUAAUAUGCAUUGUGGCUGACUUAACUUCUAAAGUAGACCAUGUAUUAAAGAAAAAAGAUAAACCAAAUACAUUGUUUAGUGGGGAGGACAUGGUAAAUGAAGAGGAUGAAGAAACAUAUCACCAUGGUAAAGAGUUGAAUUAUGAUGAUACAUUUAUUCAUGGGUUGGAGGUAAAAGUUGGGCUUACAACUACGUGGCAAUAUGUUGAGCCAUCACCGGACGUGGUUCAACAUCACAAAAGAAACAAUCACUCCUAUUAUUAG